AUGGCCGUGUUCAAUAUUCCUAGUGCAUCCGCUCAUGUCAUCAUUGUCGCCAUUGUUGCCUGCAUCUGGACACUCUUCACCUGCCUGUGUCGCAUCUUCCUCCGAACCAAAGUCAAUGGACCCAUUGGGCCGGACGACGUCGCAUGCCUCGUGGCUACUUUCCUGGGCAUCUCUCAGUCCACUCUAACGCUUGUCGCCGUCCAUUUCGGCGUGGGAAACCACCAGGAUCACCUUUCUCGCUUGAACCUGAAGAAGAACACCAUCGUACUUUGGGUGGCCGAGCAAUUCUACAUACUCACGACAGCGGCGACGAUGAUCUCCAUCUCUUGCUUGAUCUGCAGAAUCACACCGGUGAGAAGGCAUCAUCUCAUCGGGUGGACCAUCGGCAUCAUGACUAUCAUUUGGGCCAUAGUCUUCUGGUUUCUUCGAAUCUUCAUAUGUUCGUAUAACCUCCAAGCCAACCGAAGCGUAGGCAAAGCCAGCACUGAAGCUAAAGCAAUGCACGUAGGCCAUCUCCCUCAGCCUUGGGACCCCAGUAACAAUAUUUGCCUGAACAGAACAGCAAUUCGUCUUGCUGUCACGAUCGUCGGCUCCUUUCUGGAACUCGCAAAUGUCGUGACAGCGGUAUGCGUCGUGUAG